GCCCCGCGGAACACGAGGCUGGAGAAAUGGCGGCUCCGAAAUCAUCCGUGCCCGGCGUGAAUGGGAUGAACGGCGCCAUGUAUGCCCCAGACAAUGCCGCUAAUGCGUUCCACGAGUACAAGUACUUUUUGAGCAACGCCAUUGACUGUGAGGUCAUGUUCUUCCUGUCCUCGAUUGACUUGCCGCCUGCAAAGCUAGUUGAUGCUGGGACGUCCGCGCGGUCUCCACUCUCGCAAAAUCUACACCAAAUGCUAGGCUCGCCGUCGGAUUUGCGCAACUCCCCUAUGAGCGAAGUGUUCGUGACGGCCCAGAUCUUUGCCGAUGGAAUCCCCAUGCACCCCAUGACAAUCAACACGAAAUAUCCUAGCCAAUGCAAAGAAUCGUCCAUCGUAUGGAGCGAAUGGCUCACGCUUCCGAUGAAGUUUAAGGACCUGCCUCGGAACACCGUCAUUGCUCUGACGCUGUGGGGUGUGAAUCAAGUCCCGAUCGGCGGCACGACAUUCUCUCUCUUUGCACCCAACGGGUGCUUGAAGGAUGGCACGCAGUGUCUCCGCGUGUGGCCUGGCGUCGAGGCCGAUCCGCAGCUCGACACGACAACACCGUCCGAGUACAGCGAUCCGAACAACGAAGUUCUCACACGUCAGAUGGAGUGUUUUCGCCUCGACAAGGCGCGGGAGCGGUACGAACGGCGCGACAUGCAGCGCAGCGACUGGAUGGACCGCGUGACGAACCGGCGAAUCUCGCGCAUCCGUCGGAGCAGCGACUUUCCCGGUCCCAAGGAUGACUUUCCGUCCUUUUGUCAGCUGCGCGAGGAGCCGUGCCUGUGGAUAGAACUGCCCUACUUUGGCCACACCGUCGUCUACGAAGAAGAACCGUACGCCCUUCGGAACGUGUCCUUUGCCGCGUUUCCUUAUGGCGACGCAUCGUCCAAGGCGGCUUCUUCCAACGCCAUUGCGAGCAAUCCCAUGCCGUCAGAAUUGCCGACGCCGUCGUCGGCCAAGAUGCCCAUGCUGCGCAACCUGGUUGACAUGGACGCGACCUUGAUUCCUGUAUGGGACCCCGACCUGAACGAAGAAAACCCGGCCGAGCGCAAGUACCGCAAACUCGCACGCGAUAUUUUGCGCGGCUCGAUUGACCCAAACUUGAAGCCGAGUCGCGAGGAACAGUUUUCGAUCGAGGCGUUGCUGAGCUCGUCCAGCGACCAGCUCAAGAACGACGAGAAGGACCUGCUGUGGAAGUUUCGGUACACGUUGGUCGAGAACCGCCGAGCGAUCGUCAAGUUUUUGCUCAGCGUCGACUGGCUCGACGAGACGGAAGUCACCCUCACGACCGAACUGCUGCAUGCAUGGUGCGACAUUGACAUUGCCGACGCGCUCAAGCUCCUUGGCCCGCGGAAAGAGUUCAAGAGCGACGUCGUGCGCAAGUUUGCCGUCGCCGCGCUCGCCAAAGCCCGCAACGACGAUCUCCUCGACUUUUUGCUCCAGCUCGUGCAAGCGAUGCGGUACGAAAAGUUCAACAAGUACGAGAGCCAACUCGGGCCGCUCGCGCGAUUUCUCGUGUCCCGCGCGUGCACGAAUUUCAAAAUGGCCAACUACUUUUACUGGUACCUCCAAGUCGAGCUGUCGGACCGCCGCGACGGCGAAAUGUUCCAACAUGUUCUCAACGUCAUGCUGGAAGAAAUGAAGCUGUCGGAGGACCGGUUGGCCAUCUACAACAUGCUCGCGACCCAGAACGAGUACAUGUCUCGCAUCAUGGCGUCGCAUCUGCGCGCGCGGGAAGAGCGCGGCCGCCGGGACCAAAAGGAAGAAAAGCUGCGCUCGUAUUUCAAGCAAAUGCCGUGGCCGAAAGGCGUCCACAUUCGCCUCCCGUCCGACCCGUCGAUCCACUUGAGCGGCCUUGUGUCGUCGUCCGCCAAGAUGUUCAAGAGUGCCAUGUAUCCAUGCGUCGUGGAUUUCACAACCGUCUUGCCCGAUCCCCACGACCAUCACGAGGAAUCGGAAGCGUCGUCGCUGCGCGAGUCGCUGGCCGCCACCAACCCGGCGCUGCACAACCAGCAUUCGAUCAUCGGAGGGGCGGCGCGCAAGCACGCCCAUCUGCGGGAAGGGCCUGUAUGCAAAGUCAUGAUCAAGAACGGCGACGACUUGCGGCAGGACCAGUUGAUCAUGCAGCUCAUCAUACUCAUGGAUCGACUGCUGAAGAAGGUCAACCUCGACAUGAAGCUGACGCCAUACCGUGUAUUGGCGACAUCGACGACGGCAGGGCUCAUGGAGUUUGUUGUCGACUCGAUGGCGUUCAAGGACGUGAUCUCCAAGUACAAGACGGUGCAGGAUUUUCUCCGGACGCACAACCCCGACCCGAACGGGUGGGAAGGCAUUUCGGUCGAUGCCAUCACGACGUACGUCAAGUCGCUCGCGGGGUACUGCGUCAUCACGUACAUCUUGGGGAUCGGCGACCGGCACUUGGACAACCUGAUGAUGAAGACACAAGGCCACUUGUUCCAUAUCGAUUUUGGGUUUGUGUUUGGGUCGGAUCCGAAGCCAUUUCCACCGCCAUUCAAGUUGACCAAGGAAAUGGUCGAAGGCAUGGGCGGGCGCAAGAGUGAAAACUACCAGCGCUUCAAGACCUAUUGCUGCCAAACGUACAAUUGGCUGCGCAAGAGCGCGACCAUGAUCAUGAGUCUGCUCCACUUGAUGAUUGAUGCUGGCAUCCCCGAACUCGCCAACGAUCCCCUCACGACUCUCGCCAAGGUCCAAGAACGCUUUCGACUCGACAUGACGGACGAACAGGCGGAAGCGCACUUUUUAAGCCUCAUUAGCGACAGUGUCACGGCGCUGUUUCCGAUCGUGGUGGACCUCGUCCACAACAUUGCUGGCGCACUCAGGUAGACGCGCGCUCUAAUCCCUGCGCAGCGUUGGCAAGCCAAAUAUAUCGAUCGCUAUCGUUGCACGACGCAGGAUUCGCUGCGGCACGUACAUGUCUGCAUCGUGGCUGGACGACGUAACGUGAAACUAUUGUCAAUUGUGUGAGUGUGCGUG